GAGACCUAACAGAUUUAGAAAAUUUACUCUCAAGUCAAAGUCAAGGAAUCAAAACCCUCAUCAUCUCAAUUCAUUCAUGAUUCAUCCAUUUCUGUUUCUCUCUCUUUUUCACUACUCACCCACUUCUCUCCCUCUCUUUCUUUCAUUGUUUUUCAUUGUUUAUUUUCUUAAAGCUGAUUAGUUGGCAGCACUACCUACCAGCUUCAUUCCCACUCCCACUUCCUUCCACUUUGGGACUCUCUCUACUGAAUUUCUGAUCUCCAUUUUUACUCCCUUUCUGAUUUCCCCUUCAAUUUCCUUAUUUUCCCCACUAAUUUGCCUUCUUCAACCUCCUAAUUCCUCCAAUUUCACUUUUUCACUCCUUUUGGAAUGUGGGUUCUUCUGUUUUUCUCCUAUGCUUUGAUUUUCUUUCACUUCCCACUAUCAUUGCUACUCUCCAAUACUUGGGAUCUGAGUUCCCCUGAAUUUAGCAACUGAUUUUGCUCUUACCCUUUUGUGCAAUUUCUGAAUUGUGUAAAUUCUUCGUCUGUUUUCUGCUUAAUUCUUGUACUUUCUUUUGAAUUCCUUGUCUCUGUACUUCACACUUUGAUUUACUAAAUUGGGGUUCAAAGGUGUAACUAGUUCAAGUACUUUUGUUUUUGGUCUGUUCAUUUGAAUUUUUGUACUGGGUUUUUCCCCCACAGAGAUUUUGGGUUGCUUUGUGGGUUUUGAAGCAAUGCAGGUAACCUGUUUGAUAAUAUUACUGUUCUUGUUUGUAAAUGUAUUGGGACAGUCUGAUUUUGCUGCACUUUUGGAGCUUAAGAAAGGCAUUGUUAAAGACCCUUCUGGGCAACUUGAUUCUUGGGAUUCAAUGUCCUUGGAUUCUGAUGGCUGCCCCAGUAAUUGGUUGGGGGUUGUUUGUGUUAAUGGCCGUGUUAUAUCUCUUACUUUUGAUAAUGCUGGUCUAGUUGGUGACUUUAACUUUUCAGCCAUUACUGGUCUUUCGUUGCUUCGCAAUUUAUCACUUUCAAACAACCAGUUCACUGGGACUAUGGUGAAAGUUGGUUUCUUUAAGUCCCUUGAAUUUUUGGAUCUAUCCUGCAACCGGUUUCGUGGUACGGUACCUAGUUUGUUGAUCGGUUUAGUUAACUUGGUAUCGCUCAAUCUUUCUUCAAACCAAUUUGAAGGGGCUUUCCCUACUGGUUUUGGUAAACUUGAGGAGUUGAAGUAUGUAGAUGUGCAUGGUAAUGGCUUUUCGGGGGAUAUCACCGGCCUUUUGUCGCAAAUGGGUGGUGUUGUGUACGUUGACUUGAGUAGCAAUCGGUUUACUGGUUCGAUGGAUGCAGGAGUUGGAAAUCCAUCUUUCAUUUCCUCGAUUCGGUAUCUCAAUAUUAGCCAUAACCUGUUGACUGGAGUGCUUUUUCCUCAUGAUGGGAUGCCAUAUUUUGAUAGCUUAGAGGUUUUUGAUGCCAGUAACAAUCAGUUUGUUGGCACCAUACCUGCCUUCAAUUUUGUGGUCUCUCUACAAACACUAAUACUUGGAAGAAACAAGUUAUCGGGGUCACUUCCAGAAGCUCUCUUACGAGAUAGGUCGAUGCUCUUGACCGAACUAGAUCUUAGCCUUAACGAGCUCCAGGGUCCAGUUGGGAGUAUUACAUCAACAACUCUGAAGAAGCUUAAUAUAUCUUCAAACAAAUUGACAGGCUCCUUGCCUACUACGGUUGGGCAAUGUGCUGUAAUAGAUCUUAGUAAUAAUAUGCUGUCGGGUGAUCUAUCUCGGAUUCAAAGUUGGGGAAAUCAUGUGGAAGUUAUUCAGUUAAGUUCAAAUUCUUUGACGGGAACGUUAUCAAAUAAAUCUUCUCAAUUCUUAAGGCUUACUUUGUUGAAUAUCUCCAAUAACUCAUUGGAGGGUGUUCUUCCAACUGUGUUGGGUACAUAUCCCGAACUCGAGGUUAUUGAUUUAAGCCAUAACCGGCUUAAUGGUCCCGUCCCUUCUACCCUUUUUCACUCAUUGAAGUUGACUGAUCUUGAUCUCUCGGGCAACAAUUUUACUGGUCCUAUACCGCUCUAUGAGAGUAAAGAUUCUAUUUCAAGUUCUUUGCAGAAUUCAAGCCUGAAAUCUCUUGAUCUGUCAUGUAACUCAUUGACUGGUCACUUACCGUUGGAAUUGAGUAAGUUGCACAGUUUGAUAUAUCUCAAUCUGUCCAAAAAUUAUUUUGACGGUAUCAUCCCGGAUAACCUUCCAAAUAGUUUGAAGGGCUUUGAUGUCUCGUUUAAUAAUCUAUCUGGUGAAGUUCCUGGAAACUUGAUGAGGUUUUCUGAUUCAGCAUUUCAUCCAGGAAACUCCUUGCUAAUUUUUCCUUCUUCUCCAUCAACUCCAGGGGACUUGGCUGGUCUACCUUCAACCAUACAUCGGGCUCGUAUGAAACUGGUGGUUAAAAUCAUUCUCAUUGCUGGCCUGAUCGCAGUUGCUGCAUUGGUAGUUCUUUUUUGUAUUAUAGUGUACUACAGGGCCCAAAGGCUCGACCGUAGGAGCACUUCGACCAACAAUGGAAAGGAAGGUGCCUUGGAAGAAACUUCUUCCGUUGCUCGUCAAUCUGAAAUUGAUAAAAAGAAGAAUGCAUCAAUACCUCCAUCUGGUUUUCGUCAAGAUCUUCUGCCACCAUCUUACCGAGGGGAGGGUCAUGUCGGUGGCGACAUGUGGUCAGCUUCAGACAAGGCUAGAGAUGUUGGCUACCAUGAAUCAUUAGGAAAAGGAGAAGGGAUAUCCUCACCCAUGUCUCUCAUGUCAUCUUCAAAUCCAUCGCCUUCGAAGAUCCAACAACAACCUGAUCAUCCUCGGGCACUAAAAGUUCGCUCUCCCGAUAAAUUGGCCGGGGAUCUACAUCUUUUUGAUGGCUCCUUGAUGUUCACAGCGGAAGAACUUUCUCGUGCUCCAGCAGAAAUUGUAGAGAAAAGUUGUCAUGGGACAUUGUACAAGGCGACACUCGACUCAGGACAUGUAUUGGCUGUCAAAUGGCUGAGGGAGGGAAUGGCAAAAGGAAAAAAGGAAUUUGCAAGAGAAGUGAGAAAACUGGGGAGCAUCAAACACCCGAAUUUAGUUUCCAUCAAUGGAUACUAUUGGGGCCCGAGGGAUCAUGAGAAGCUUCUUAUAUCAACUUUUAUAAAUGCACAGUCUUUGGCAUUCUAUCUUCAAGAGAUGGAGAGAGGAGGAGUCUUGCCGUUAUCUCUACCGGAGCGUCUUAAAGUUGCUUCGGACAUUGCUCAAUGUUUAAACUACUUUCAUAACGAGAAGGCAAUCCCACACGGCAACUUGAAAUCCUCGAAUGUUUUGUUAGAAACUCCGACUAUGAAUGCACGACUUACAGAUUACAGUCUACACCGUAUAUUAACUCCGGCUGGCACGGCAGAGCAAGUUUUGAAUGCAGGUGCCUUAGGUUAUCGGCCACCCGAAUUUGCAAGCUCGAGCAAGCCAUGUCCAUCAUUGAAGAGUGAUGUCUAUGCCUUUGGAGUCAUCCUGUUGGAACUCCUAACAGGAAGAAGUUCAGGGGAAAUAGUUUGUGGGAUCCCAGGAGUUGUUGAUCUAACAGAUUGGGUGAGGUACUUAGCUCGAGAAAACCGGUUUGACGAGUGCAUCGACAGGAUGAUUCUGGACCUCGACGGUGAUGAAAAGCCACCGAAACAGCUUGAAGAUAUGCUUCAGAUGGCUCUAAGAUGCACUCUAUCAGCAGCUGAGAGGCCUGACAUGAAAACUGUCUAUGAAGAACUUUUAGUGAUUGUGCAGUAGAAGAAAAAUGAUGGUACAGAAGCUCUAACUCAAGCCUUUUUCUUUUUUUUUUUCUUUUUCAUUGCUAACACCAUUGUUUUUUUUUAUUAUUAUCAAUAAGCAGUAGUUUUCUCAAUUUUGCACCAUUUUUCGAGUCGAUCGGCAUUGUAAUUUGUUCUAUAAACUAAAGUUAAUUGCAAAUACAUAAUCCAUAAUUCAUUAGCAGGAGUUUGUGUUCAUAGUUCAUGGAGCAGUUGGAACUUCA